UGCUGCUGCUUUCCGGUUAACAGCUAAUUUUGCUCUCAGAGUUUCUUAAUCUUCUCAUCGCUCAGGACCAGGAAGACAUAGCAGAGAAAAAUAUUUCCCUCUUCUCUUUGGUUGCUGUUUUUUUUUUUUUACGUUGAGUGGGGGGAUUUAAGAAGAUGGAAAAAGGCUCCCAACCACAGGAAUCGGCUCCGCCCUAUCCUGGUCCUCCCAUUAAUUAUAACUUUGAUGGACUUCAGCCAGGGAUGUAUGCUCAACCAGGCUCCUCUGCUCAACCAAGCUUCCCUGCUCAACCAGGUUUCCCUGCUCAACAAGGUUUCCCCGCUCAACCAGGCUUCCCUGCUCAACCAGGCUUCCCUGCUCAACCAGGCUACCCUGCUCAACCAGGUUUCCCUGCUCAACAAGGUUUCCCCGCUCAACCAGGCUUCCCUGCUCAACCAGGCUUCCCUGCUCAACCAGGCUACCCUGCUAACGCAGGCUACUCCACUCAACCAGGCUUCUCUGCACAACCAGCCUAUACCACUCAGCCAGGCUUCCCCCCUCAACAAUGUUUUCCACCUCAACAAGGUUACUCCACUCAACCAGGUUACUCUGCUGUCCCUACUGUGUCUCAUCUGGUAGUGGCACCUAGGCUAACUGACGUUCCUGGACCAUUUUUGUGUCCUCACUGCCAGCAAACUGGGGUCACUCGCACAGAGCACACAGCGGGGCUGCUGACCUGGGCUACUUGUGCAGGGCUGGCUAUUUUUGGGUGCUGGCUAUGCUGCUGUUUCCCCUUCUGCAUCGAUUCCUGUCAAGAUGUGGAGCAUCGCUGUCAACACUGCCAAAAAGUGGUCUUCAUAUACAAACGGAUGUGAACCCAAUCUGGAAUGGGUCCAAAAAAGGCCCAGAUUAAUAGAUUAAAUGAUAAAUACAUUUUUGAUUACAUUAUAACAGCCUUGGGCCAGCCCACUAAUGGGUUUUGGAGGGAAUUAAAUUUAAUUUCCAAUUUCAAUUCCAUUUGAAAAUAUGCUUUGUAAAUUCAGUUAAAUAUAAACUGUACUGCUUCACGUGGUCAAGCAUUUCAAAGACUUUGUGAGGAAACAUUGUUUUCAGUCUCAAUAUAUAUAUAAAAAAGUUUGUUUGCGUUCAGUUUUAUUAUCACAUAUUUAAUGGAGGAAAUGGAUUUCAUUUUUUUGUCAU